CCGAACUUUUUUCCGCCAUAUUGAGAAAUUGUGGAAAACAUUGUGAGCACGUGGAAAGUGAUCAUCACAAUUUCUGCAGUUUUCAAUAAAAUUCAUUAAACUCAUUGCUAAAACUACGAUUCUUAUCAAAUCUUGAAGUGUUUUCUUUGAUUUACCGCCAGGAACAACAUAUAAUUCAACAACCGUUUGUUUGGUGAAGGGGUCAAUCGUGGAUCGAUCAAGAUAUGGCCCCGUCCCAUACGCGCCAAGUGCUGAUUUGGAGUAUCCCCGCACUCGCCGUCAUAUUCAGUUAUUUCUGGUACAGACGGAAGAGACACGAGUCGAAAACUGACCCCGGUGAUAAAAUACAAACUGCUUCCGAAUCGCAACAACCGACAAAAACAGAAAUCGAAAGUGUCACAACAAACCGGACAUUUUCUCGUUCAUUGUCAGGUGUCGAUUCCGCCCCCAUCGAUAUUGUUAUCCCGCCCAAACUUAAAGCUAUCAAAUCAAAUCCUGUUGUUAUUUCUGACGAAGAUUUAGAUUUAGAAAUUGAAAAAAUUAAAUCCAUGAGAUACGGCGGUUCGAUUGAUAUGAGAAAAUCAAAUAGUUCCAGUGAAUCAUCGUCCACUAAUAAACAGACGCCGGUUAAGAAAUCAUCGUUCGUGAUGGCACAGAAAGCCAACGAGGAAAAACCGCUCUCAGUCACGACGGAAAAUGCUAAAGUCGAUAAGAUGAUCUCAAAUAAUAAUGAAGUGCAAAGGCAAAACAGCGAAAGGGAUUCGGCGAAUCAUAGUCCAGCGGAUGUUAUGCUUGCCAGUCCGUCCCUUAGCAGCAUCUCUGAUAAUCACAGCGAGGGCUCAAACGAUAGUGGUAAGGGAGGCAGCGAAGUGGUGACACCUCCACCGUCCCGAUCUUUGGUCAACGAGAGUACGACUUUAAACAUUUACGAGUUCAUCAUUCCACAAUCGUUGGUUGGUAAACUAAUAGGCAAACAUGGCAGUUCCGUUGCUAACAUCAAAGAUAAGACCGGUGCCCAAGUAUUGGUCAGAAAACAUCCAACAAAUAAUAAAUUAAAAGUGUGUUCGCUCGAAGGCACUCGUAACGAGAUCGACAGUGCUUUGAAACUCAUAAGAGAUAAAUUCCCCUUGAAACGUUUCCCGGAAGUCACCCUUGAACAAGUCUCAUUUCUUCCAGAAGUGCCGACAGUAUCGCUAGUUCCGGAUCACUUACAUUUGAAACUGAUCGAGGGUAUUAAUAAUGAUACAAUUGUUAGUUGUGUUGUUGCACCAAAUCAUUUGUUCUUACAACAACCAGCACAUCCGUCGUUUCCAAAUCUUAAUAUUCUUACCGGUUAUAUGAACGUUUGUUACUCGGAGGCUGAUUCGCCAUUGUUACCAACGCCUGUUCCAGAAAAUACAAUCUGUGCUGCAUUUUCCGAAGAUAGUUGGUACAGAGCAGUCGUUUUGUCGACAGAUUCAGAAAAUGCAACUGCUUAUGUUAAAUUCUUAGAUUUUGGCGGUUAUUCAUACAUCGAAAUUUCUAAGUUGAGACAAAUCCGAGGUGAUUUUAUGUCAUUACCGUUUCAAGCGGCGGAAUGUUUCUUAGCGAACAUUAAACCGGUCGAAGAGACGGGUUGGCGCGAUGAAGCGUUCAAUGCAGUAGUAGAAAUGACAAAAGGGGCUAUCAUCUAUACCCAAAUAGUCGAUUAUACUGAAGAAGGUAUUCCUUUGGUUUAUUGCUAUUUAAUUUUAGGCCCAAGGCAAGUAGUAUUUUUAAAUCAGGAAUUAGUGAAUCAAGGACACGCCGAAUGGCUCAAUUGCGGGGAGGAAGCCGCAGGUGUUACCGUGGCGUAAUAUGUAAAGUAAUUUUUUGUUAUAUAGUCACUUGAUUGGAUCAAGCUUUUGUUGAACGUGAAUAUUAUGUAGUGUAGUUAGCUGAUUUUUGCAAAAAGCGUGUUUUUAUGAAUGAUAUUGUUGGAGACCAUUUUUACAUAACUUAGGUUGUUGCUUUAUACCAGUUUUUGAAAACGAAUAGGGUUCAUUCGUUUCGUACGUUUAUAAGAACUUGUUUAUUUUAUUUUUUAAAUUAUUGUGAUGUUUAUAUUUUAUUGACUGCUCUAUUUUCAGUACUAACCAUAAUUAUUGUUUGUGCUCAAUUACUAAUUUAAAUUUAGUGUAUUACGCUAUCGUUUACGUGGUAGUUCGUAAUGUCAUUUACUGUAUAUAAAGAAUUGUAUUUUUUGAUAAUAUUAAUCUAGCUUUUGUGUAUAUUUUUGGGGAGCAACUAGGUGACUGUAGGAUGAUCAAUCCAUUUAUCUUGUAUACAUGUUCCUAUUAUUAUUAUUGUUUUCUACCAGGUUUUGGUGUUUCCAAUUUAUUUUAAAAACGAACUGGAUUUUUCUUUAAUUUGCACUGUUGUAUGGGCAAACGAAUUCAUAUUAUUUUCUAAGGAUUGAUAAUUCUUUUUUAUAGUUUCGUAUUUAUAAAACAUUUGUACAUAGUAUCUCUUGUACUUUUUUUCUUUUUUGGAAGUAAAAUUUAACAAAUUUUUUCAACGUGA